GACAAGCCUACUCAAGGUUGCACCUAAGCUAAAUGUCAAUUUUUUAUUUACAAAAAGUUAUCUUUUUUAUAUUGAAAUUAAAUAUUCAACGAUGUCUAUCGUCCUAACAAAGGCAGCGCUUGCCUUAAAAAACGCAGACAGCAAUUUUCAAGUAGUAAAAUUCGAAGCACACAAAUCUAAAAAGAAACAUGCUGAAGAAGAAAUCAAAGUUGAUACAAAAACAAAACAAACUGUACCUCAAAAGAAAGACUUAGAUUUGAAGCAAAUCCGGCACGAAAUUGUUAAGUUUGGAAUGUCCGGUUUCAAUACUACGAAAAAAGAACAGGCAAAAAUAGCAUUGGCAGUAAGUUUAGGUGCAAAACCACCAAAGAGAGAAUAUGUUAAUUACAAAGAGCUUAUGCAAAGACAGAAGCAAGAGAAGGAAAAGAAAGAGGCAGAGAAGAAGUUGAUGCUUUCUAGAAGUAUAUUGAGCACAGGUGCCAAGAAGAAAAAGAAAAGUGCCAACAAUGAUGUUGGAUAUCUCCUAAGUAGCUAUGGAAAGGUACAGAAAAAGGAUUUGAAAAAGGAUGAUAGUAAAGUUAAAGGCAAGAAGAAAAAGAAACAAAAAUUGAUAUAAAUAAUUAUUUUAUUAUGAUAAAUAAACAAUAAAAU